AUGGCUCCUAAAACUGGAAAAGCCAAGCUCCACAAAAUUAAAGGAGACAAGAAGAAAAAGGAAGAGAAAGUUUUGCCUACGCUAAUUGAAAUUACUGUUGAAAUACCAGAUGGUUCACGGGUUACACUCAAGGGCAUCUCAACUGACAGGAUCCUUGAUUUGAGAAAGCUUUUAGCUGUCCAUGUUGAGACUUGUCACUUGACUAACUUCUCCUUAUGUCAUGAGGUGCGAGGUGAGAGGUUGAAAGAUACCGUCGAAAUAAUAUCACUCAAACCAUGUCAUGUCUUAAUCGUCCAAGAGGACUACUGCAGUGAAGAGUCUGUGGUGAUACAUAUUCGCAGACUUUUGGACAUCACAGCAUGCACCUCAGCCUUCCGGAAAUCCAAUGCAGCUGCUUCCGUCGAAAGUAAACCCACUGGGAAAUCCAAUGCAGCUGCUUCCGUCGAAAGUAAACCCAAGGAUCAGAAUUUGGACUUGGCUGAUGGCUCCAUGUAUCCACCACCUAGACUUGGACAAUUCUAUGAUUUCUUUUCCUUUUCCCACCUUACACCACCCUUUCAAUACAUACGAAGAUCAAACCGUCCAUUCCUUGAGGAUAAGACACAGGAUGAUUUCUUUCAGAUUGAUGUUAGGAUUUGCAGUGGAAAACCAACUACAAUUGUUGCCUCCAGGAAAGGAUUCUAUCCUGCUGGAAAACGUAUUCUUAUGAACCAUGCAUUGGUGCCUCUCUUGCAACAGAUAAGCAGGGCAUUUGAUGCUGCCUAUGGAGCUCUUAUGAAGGCAUUUAUAGAACACAAUAAGUUUGGAAAUCUUCCUUACGGUUUCCGUGCAAACACAUGGCUUGUCCCUCCAGUUGUUUCUGACAAUCCAGCAGUGUUUCCCUCACUACCUAUGGAAAAUGAAGCUUGGGGAGGAAACGGAGGUGGUCAAGGAAGAGAUUGCAAACAUGAAAAGAGACGGUGGGCCAGAGAUUUUGCAAUCCUCGCUGCAAUGCCUUGUCAAAAUGCAGAAGAGAGGCAAAUUCGAGAUAGGAAAGCCUUUCUGCUUCAUAGCUUAUUUGUAGAUGUAUCAGUCUUCAAAGCAGUUUCUGCAAUAAAUCAUUUUAGAGAUACCAAGCAAAGCUCUUAUGAAGAACAAGCUGGUGAUUUGACUAUAGUGGUGACGAGAGAUGUAUCUGAUGCAAGCAUUAAGUUGGACUGCAAAAAUGAUGGGACUCGGGUUCUUGGACUAUCAGAGGAAGAACUUGCUCAGAGAAAUUUGCUUAAAGGCAUAACUGCUGAUGAAAGUGCAGCUGUUCAUGACACUUCUACUCUAGGUGCAGUGAUUAUACGACAUUGUGGCUACACUGCUGUGGUAAAGGUUUCCGCUGAGACAGAUUGGGCGAGGAGUCCUGAUGAAUCCUUGGAAAUUGAUAUCGAGGACCAGCCUGAAGGAGGCGCAAAUGCAUUAAAUGUUAACAGCUUGAGGAUGCUAUUGCAUAAGUCAUCUAAUGCAGCAGUCCAACGAGUCCAGAGUGCAGAUCUUGAUAAUUCUCAUUCUGCUCGGUCUUUCGUAAAGAAUGUUCUCGAAGAAAGUUUUCUAAAAUUGAAGGAAGAGGACACUAUACAAAGCAAAUCUAUCAGAUGGGAGCUUGGGGCAUGUUGGAUACAACAUUUGCAAAAUCAAGCUACAGAAAAAACUGAGCCAAAAAAGGCUGAAGAAGCUAAAUUGGAACCAUCUGUAAAAGGACUUGGCAAGCAAGGUGGAUUACUAAAGGAAUUGAAGAAAAAGAUUGACAUCAGGAACUCGAAAGUUGAACAAGGGAAUGGCAUUGACACAAACAAGCUUGAUGCUACUCAACAGGAAAUUGAAAGACAGUCUGAAGAAAAGGAAACUAUAUGGAGAAAACUACUUCCUGAUGCCGCAUAUUCACGCCUUAAGGAAUCCAAAACUGAUUUUCAUCUCAAGUCACCUGAUGAAUUGAUGCAGAUGGCACAUAAAUAUUAUGACGAUGUUGCACUUCCAAAGCUGGUGGCAGAUUUUGGGUCUCUUGAACUUUCACCUGUUGAUGGAAGAACAUUGACUGAUUUCAUGCAUACCAGGGGUUUGAAAAUGUCUUCUUUAGGACGAGUGGUUGAACUUGCUGACAAACUUCCUCACGUGCAAUCACUAUGUAUACAUGAGAUGGUUGUUCGAGCCUACAAGCACAUCUUGCAAGCUGUUGUUGCAGCUGUUGAUAAUGAUUCUGAAAUGGCUUCAUCUAUAGCAUCGUGCUUAAACAUAUUGUUGGGAACACCGUCAAUUGAAACUAAUGAUGUUGAGAUUACUAGUUGUGAUAAACAGAAAUGGAAGUGGGUAGAAAUCUUCCUUUUGAAGAGGUUUGGAUGGAAGUGGAAGCACGAAAGCAGUAAAGAUUUAAGAAAGUUUGCUAUUCUUCGUGGACUAUGCCAUAAGGUUGGACUUGAACUGGUUCCAAGGGACUAUGAAAUGGAAACAGCAUCUCCUUUUCGAAAGUCAGAUAUUGUAAGCAUGGUCCCCAUAUACAAGCAUGUUGCUUGCUCAUCUGCUGACGGCCGGACCCUGUUGGAAUCAUCAAAAACUUCUUUGGAUAAAGGUAAACUGGAGGACUCUGUCAACUAUGGCACAAAGGCACUUUCAAAGUUAGUAUCAGUGUGCGGGCCUUACCAUAGAAUGACAGCAGGAGCUUAUAGCCUAUUGGCUGUUGUGCUAUACCAUACUGGUGACUUCAAUCAGGCAACUAUCUAUCAGCAAAAAGCACUCGAUAUUAAUGAAAGAGAGCUUGGACUGGAUCAUCCUGAUACUAUGAAAAGUUACGGGGAUCUUGCUGUUUUCUAUUAUCGACUCCAACAUACUGAGUUGGCUUUAAAGUAUGUUAAUCGUGCGUUGUAUCUUCUGCACCUAACUUGCGGACCUUCACAUCCGAACACUGCUGCCACCUACAUUAAUGUAGCAAUGAUGGAAGAAGGAUUAGGGAAUGUCCAUGUUGCCCUGAGAUACCUUCACGAGGCUUUAAAAUGUAACAAAAGAUUACUUGGAGCUGAUCAUAUUCAGACGGCAGCCAGCUAUCAUGCAAUAGCCAUUGCUCUUUCUUUGAUGGAAGCAUACUCUCUAAGCGUUCAGCAUGAACAGACAACUCUCCAGAUAUUGCAGGCCAAACUUGGGUCUGAUGAUCUAAGGACUCAGGAUGCAGCUGCUUGGCUUGAAUAUUUUGAGUCAAAGGCUCUCGAACAACAGGAAGCUGCACGGAAUGGUACACCUAAGCCAGAUGCCUCUAUCUCCAGCAAGGGUCAUUUAAGUGUGUCUGACCUCUUGGAUUAUAUAACACCAGAGGCUGAUUUGAAAGCAAGAGAAGCACAAAAGAAGGCCCGUGCCAAGUUAAAAGAAAAACCAGACCAAAAUGGGGAUAUUGCUGCAGAUGAAAAUCAUAACGAGAGAGAUUCAAUCAGAGAGACUUCAAGUGAUAAGGAAAAUAAAUCUGAAGGUCAAUUUCAAGAAGUUAGGGUUGAUAAAGUUGAGUCCACUGACAUAGAUCAAACCAGUGUCAAUGAAAGUAAUAAAGUGGCACAGGAUGACAUCUCAGAUGAAGGAUGGCAAGAGGCUGUCCCCAAAGGUCGUUCACUCAUUGGAAAGAGACCUACCCUAGCAAAACUGAAUACUAACUUCAUGAAUAAUUCUCAAUCAUCAAGGUAUCGAGGAUCUCCAAGAUCAAAUUUAAAUGAGACUAUUGUGGGGCCGUCCCCGGCUGUUCCAAAGAAGUUCGUCAAGAGCUCAAGCUUCAGUCCUAAGCCGAAUGGCUCUAACACCCCUACUGCAGACACAAAAUCAGCUCCAGUCAGCCCGGCUCUAAGCAAUCAAAUUGCUAAACCAGGUUCUGUUAGUGGAGGUAUCAGUAAGUUAUUUUCUUACAAAGAAGUUGCCUUAGCCCCACCUGGAACAAUUGUCAAAGCUGUGGCUGAACAAAAUUCCGAGGGGAGCCCCGAAAUAAUUGCACCAAAGGAGAUUCAUAGUAAUAAGGGAACCUCAAAUGAUAUCAAUGAUAAUGAUCAGAAUUCAGUUGGUGGUAAACAGCAAGAAUCUCUCAAUGAAAAAGAAAAGAAAAUUGAUAUGGUUGCAGAUGAUACAGAAACAUUAAAGAGUAAUGAUGUUAGAGAAUCCCAGGAAGGCAAUAGUGAUGGUGUGAUAGAGAAGAACGUUGAAGUUGGAAACAUGACAGACAUGGAGGUUGAGAAAUCUAAUUGUAUAAACAAUACAACCAAAGGUUCAUCAAAGAUAGAAGCACAAGCAACUUCUUCAACCAUUUCAGUUGAAAGUCAAAUACAGUUAAACGGCAAUGAUGCCUCUGUAUCAAAAGGAGAUGAGAAACAAUCUGAAGGACAAAAAGCACAAGAAAUAGAAACUGGAAAAGAACCAACAAAGAAACUUUCAGCAGCUGCACCACCAUUUAAUCCAUCCACAAUUCCAAUUUUCGGGUCUGUUCCAGUUCCAAGUUUCAAUGAUCAUGUAGGUAUUUUGCCGCCACCAGUAAAUAUUGCUCCUUUGCUUCCACGAAGAUCUCUCCAUCAGUCAGCAACAGCUAGAGUUCCAUAUGGUCCACGAAUUUCUGGUGGCUAUAAUAGACAUUAUGGAAACCGCAUUCCCCGAGGUAAGAUUAUAUUUCCCUCAGGUGAUCACUCUAGUGAUGGCAACCCCAACAGCCCUCCUACAAUAAUGAAUCCACAUGCCAUAGAGUUUGUACCUAAUGGUUUCUCUCCCGUCUCUUCCAAUGAUGCUAUUCCUCCUCCUCAAGUGAACCAAAAUGAGUCUGCAACAUCUCCAACUACUUCAAAUGAUUCAGCACAAGUUGAGAACGAUCUUCAAAAUGAAAAUGUUUUUCAAGACCAAGUUAUUGAACUUGUCGGUGGUGAAAAGCAGCCAGUGGAGCAAAAUCCUCAACAGAGCCCACUUGUUAGCAAUGAAAAUUCUUGUCCUAAACUUGAAGAAAAGGAUAUAGACUCAAUUGAGGAUGGAGUAACCAACAAGGACACACAAGACGAGGUAAAUUCAAACAAAUGUUGGGGAGAUUACAGUGACAAUGAAGUUGAUACAAUUGAGGUCAUAGGUUAA